UUCUAGGACAACCUCCCGGAGUCUGACGCCGCGUUGUGUGUCCGUGUUGCAUGUGAGCGCCGACACCGUCUCCUGGAGGUUGUUUGCGUCAAAACGUAGCGUUGCAAACGUUGACAUUCACUACCGAAGCGAACAAAAAAGACCUGAUUUCUUAGCUGAUAGCGGCUAGCCUCAGUUAGCAUAGGGUAUCUCAAAGUGUCAUCUACCUGGGAGGAGAAGCGACUGACAGGUGCGCUGGGAAGAGCGCGGGUUCGGCCUGAGAUCGCGGGCUCUGAACCGCCCCGUGGUUGGGCAAUUGUAGCUCGGCAACACUGGUUCUUCUAAGGUGUAAUUGAAAAGCGGCGAUGGACUUCUUCGCCGGCUGCAUUGGAGGUGCUGCUGGUGUUCUGGUCGGCCAUCCGUUUGACACAGUGAAGGUGAGACUGCAGGUCCAGAAUGUUGACAAGCCAUUGUACAGAGGAACCUACCACUGUUUCCAGUCCAUCGUUCGCCAGGAGUCAGUUUUUGGCUUGUACAAAGGCAUCGGCUCUCCAAUGAUGGGUCUGACGUUCAUCAACGCCAUUGUGUUCGGAGUCCAAGGGAACACAAUGCGCCUGCUGGGGAACGACACGCCCCUGAACCAGUUCCUGGCCGGGUCCGCUGCUGGGGCCAUCCAGUGUGUUAUCUGCUGCCCCAUGGAGCUGGCCAAGACGCGCAUGCAGAUGCAGGGCACCGGCGAGAAGAAGUCCUCGCGGAGGUUGUACAAGAACUCUCUGGACUGCCUGGCACGCAUCUACAGGCGCGAGGGCGUCCGUGGCGUGAACCGCGGGAUGGUCACCACGCUGAUCCGGGAGACCCCUGGCUUUGGGGUCUACUUCUGGUCCUAUGACGUGCUGACCCGCGGCCUGGGCUGCGAGCCCAACGACAGAUACAUGAUCCCCAAGUUGCUUUUCGCCGGCGGCAUGGCCGGCAUCGCCUCUUGGCUCUCAACGUAUCCGGUGGACGUGAUCAAGUCCAGGCUGCAGGCGGACGGAGUGGGCGGAGUCAACCAGUACAGCAGCAUUGCCGACUGCGUGCGCCAGAGCGUCAGGAAAGAAGGCUACGUGGUUUUCACCAGAGGCCUGACCUCCACGCUGCUGCGGGCCUUCCCGGUCAACGCCGCCACCUUCGCCACGGUCACGCUGGUGCUGAUGUACGCGCGGGGGGUGGAGGAAGCUCCCGCGGAGUGCGAGCCGCCGCCGCAGCAGGGCCUGCACACACAGACUAAGUCACAGGCCCAACCCUCCAGCCUUUGAGAGGCCAGAGGUCUCUUCCUCAACAUCAGCACUUUACCAGAUUAAAAAAAAAAAAUCUGUGCUCUGUUUGAUCCCACACUCCAAACCAGAGGCAAACUGGUUUAUUUAUUCAUUGGCAGUAAAAAAAAGUGUAUAUAUUUUUGACUCGGUUGGAAGAUUUUACUAUUGAGUGUGUUUUGGAGCGUACCAUUGUACAGUUGCGUUUUCUCAGGCGCCUCUCCACAUACGGCUUAGAAAUCUCUCUGAAUAUUUUUUAUAUAAAGCGUUGAAAAAUGCUUCAUGCCUUAUGGAAUUGUCCUCGUCAUUCGAGGAGGAGGGGAGCGUCGUGGCAGCCUUUACAUUGGAGCAGCUGUCGUCAGAUAUUCAGCACAAUAAAGCCCCAUGUCCACACCAGUACCCAAGGGCUCUGGCCAGACGUCUUCCAAACAAAUCACCUUUAUCCUACUCUUGUUUCUCAAACAAAGGGCAUGUUUUGAACAAAUAGCUGAGUCAUCAUUUCCGUUCAGUCUUGGACCAUGGUCCAAAAAAAUGAAUAAAUAAAAAAGAAGGGACAAACCCAGGGAAUGCGAACGUCGCCUUUUUCUUUAGUGUCGCCAAAUAUAUCCGUUUCUGACCCACUGCUAACAAACUAAUCCUGCUUUUGUUCUAUAAAUAUUUUAUGCUACUGAUCUGCAUAGUACUUGCAAAAGUGUCUGGGACCAACAUACUGUGUUCUUUGUUUUUUUUGGGGUGCAACUUUCACGAUUGUGUGCCGUCCUCUGAUUGGCUGGUGAUUUGCUUGCUGACUCGUCUGCCUUCUGCAUGUUGCCGUCGCUUGUUUAUGGACCCGUGGCGAUUGCUGACACUUGAAAAUCCCUGUCUAUGUGAUGCGGUUGGAGCGUGUUCACAAGCAGGCAGACAUGACUCUGAAGUGAUGGUUGGUGUAGAUCAUAUUUUUUCAGCCUGACGAGUCGAGUGAAUGUCUUUUGAACUUCCUUUGACCUGAGAUCUGUACUAAUAAGACAUAUUUUUGAAACAUAGAGCAGAGAUAUUAAUAUAUGUGAGAGGAUUAUCUUUGCAAAUAAAAGUGGUUCACCACCAACAGGUGGAAACUAUGUGACCUUGGAUCAUCCUGUCAGAUUUCGAUCUUCAUGGUUGAGCAUUUAGGGGCUCUUUGUUUUAAUGUGUGGACCUCACGAGACAUUCAAGGAAAAAAUUCCAGCACAUAAACAAGAACAUUUAAAUGGUCUCUGCCAUGUAUGGAUAUUUCCAUAAGCAAUGCUUAAGUCAAUAAUAUAAUGUAGUGAAAAUAUAUGCAGAGAAG